AUGGCGGCGUCCUCUGUCUUCAGACCGGGUCUGUUCAACCAUAAAGUGGCGAUAGUCACCGGCGGCGGGACCGGGAUCGGUAAAGCGAUCUCUGCAGAGCUGCUGCAGCUCGGUUGUAGCGUGGUGAUCUCCAAGAAGCUGGAGAGGUUGGAGGCUGCGGCUCAGCAGAUGAGAAGAAAAAUUCCCGCCUCCAGUCCUGCAUGUGUCACUCCUCUACCGUGUAACAUCCGAAACGAGGACGAGGUGAAGGAUCUCGUGUCGACGGUGCUGAAGCGGUUCGGCAGGAUAGACUUCCUGGUGAAUAACGGCGGAGGUCAGUUCAGCAGCCCUGCAGAGCACAUGACCCCCAAAGGCUGGAGAGCCGUCAUCGACACCAACCUGACGGGAACUUUCCUCUGCUGCCAGGAGGUCUACACGGCGUGGAUGAAGCAGCACGGAGGCGCGAUCGUCAACAUCAUCGCCGACAUGUUUAAAGGUUUCCCGGGCAUGGCACACACCGGGGCGGCGAGGGCGGCCGUGGACAACCUCACAAAGAGUCUGGCCAUCGAGUGGGCGGCCUCGGGAGUCCGAGUCAACGCUGUUGCACCUGGAACGAUCUUUUCCAAAACCGCCAUGGAGAACUACAAGGAGCUCGGACCGACCAUUUUCAAGAUGGCGGCCCCGUUCAGUCCCGCCAAGAGGCUCGGAGUCCCAGAGGAGAUCUCUUCAUCAGUGUGUUUCCUGCUCUCUCCUGCCGCCUCCUUCAUCUCUGGAGCCACUCUGAGGGUCGAUGCCGGACAGAGUCUGUACCACUCCAUGUGGGAGAUACCAAAUCACAGAGCCUGGCCUGAAGCUCCAGAGGGGGAGAACCUGGACGCUCUGAACGAGCUGCUCGGCCCACAGAGCAAACUCUAAUUCAUUUUUAAAGUCUGAGCCCGCUUCAUAAAACACACACACACACACACACACACACACACACACACACACACACACGGACAUUGAGCUCUGCAGACGCUACUGACACCGCGGUGGCCUGUGCAUUAGAAGAUG